UUACCACAUACAACAACAACAACAAUACAUACACAUACGUAGAGAUCAACAACGCGUUUUCAUCGCCUAGUAGUAUUAUAUGUAUAUAACAUUUGGAAUUACACAAAAAUAUGAUGGUGGCCGUCCAUCCAAGUGUCGUCUCAUUUUUUAGCCACAAAUAUUCAUCAUCGUUACCAUCAUUUGUAAAAAACGAACACACUGCCAUUAAAAGACAUCAUCGCAAGCGAAAACGAAAAUCGCUUCAGUUGCCCAUACGUCUAUUGCUCUAUGCAUUUUGCCUGCUGUGCCUGAGGCCAUUCCAAAAUGCAUUGGGAGUUGUGGAGGUGGGGGCGGCAAACCCCUCAUCAGCGUCGGCGAAGAACCCCAACUCGAAUACAACAAAUACUCAACAAAGUCAACAGCAGUAUUCUCAUGCGGACAUUGUCGCUCAGUUCACAUUGCCGCAGGCCACAACAACGAAUAAUUUUCAUUCAAUCACCCAGUCUCCGACCGCUGCUACCAACUUUAAGAAUGCCACACUGGCAUCGACUCCAGCGACCAAGGGUGUUUCGAAGAACUACUUCACUCACUUGGCCUACGAUUAUAAGCACAACGUUUUCUAUGCUGGAGCCACGAACAAAAUUUUGCAGUUGAACGAGAAUCUGAGAGUGCUGAAGCAGGCCGUCACUGGCCCUCAGCGCGACUCACCCCAGUGCCACGCCAGUGGUUGUUCAGAAGACGUUGAAACGUCUAUGGUGAAUAAUCAUAACAAAAUACUUAUUGUCAGUUACGCCCAAGGCGGCAUUUUGAUUGCCUGCGGCAGUGUAAGACAAGGAGCCUGUGAUAUUUACAGUUUAACCCAUUUCCCUACAAAUCCACGAUUCAUCGAUAUUCCAUUGGCUGCUAAUGAUGAAUUCGCUUCGACCUAUGCCUUUGUGGGUCCUGCUGAGUACUCCUGGAAGAGGGAGGACAUUCUAUAUGUGGGCACCACAUUUACAAAUGUGGGCGACUAUAGGCAUGAUGUGCCGGCCAUAUCGUCACGUCGCUUGGCGGAUCUGAACUAUGCCGAAUUCGAGAUUAAACAAUCCAUAAUUAACAUUGAUGUCAAGUACCGAGAUCACUUUUUGGUCAAUUAUAUUUACGGUUUUAAUUCAUCGGAAUUUGCUUACUUUGCCAUUGUGCAGAAACGUUCACAUCUGGCCGAGGAGGCAGGUUAUGUAACGCGUCUGGCUCGCAUCUGCAUUACAGACUCGAAUUAUGAUAGCUACACAGAAAUCACCAUACAAUGUUUGGCCACUCAGGACAAUGAGGACUACAAUAUCCUGAGAGAUGCUAAAAUUAUGGUGGCCGGACAAAAGUUGGCCCAGCAAAUGGGUAUUAAGCGGGGUGAUCACGUCCUGGUGGCAGUGUUUUCGCCCUCCAAAGACAUAACUAAUCAGCCGGAGGACAAAUCGGCUAUGUGCAUUUAUAGUCUUAAGGAAAUCGAAGAGGCAUUUAAUGAAAAUAUCCAUUUAUGUUUCAAUGGCACUAUAAAAGACCGCAAUCUUGGCUAUAUAUCUGGAACCAUUGAUGAUGGGCGUUGCCCAGGCACAACAGGCAAUGUUUACAGUUUUUGUAAUGUGGGUCUAAAAAUUAGUGGCGUGGCGCCCAUUGCGGCACAUGCUCUCUUCCACUUCGACAAUGUGUCGAUAACAUCUGUAACGACCACUACAACUGGGCCACACUCACUGGCAUUUCUGGGCACCGAAGGAGGUUCAAUAAAAAAGGUACUGUUGUCGGGACAACAGCCUGGCGAAUAUGAUGAAAUCGUGGUGGAUCCCGGUAAUCGCAUUUUACAAGAUACUGUCAUGUCACCGAAGAAGGAUUUCCUCUACGUUUUGUCCAAGAACAAGGUGACUAAAAUGCGUAUGGAGCACUGUUCGCAAUACACGAACUGUUCAUCCUGCUUAGAGUCGCGAGAUCCAUUUUGUGGCUGGUGCUCACUGGAAAAGCAUUGUACAGUAAGGUCUACAUGCCAAAAGGACACAUCGGCUGAACGUUGGCUGUCACUAGGUAGUGGGCAGCAAUGUAUUGACUUUGAAUCAAUUCUGCCAGACAAGAUUCCCAUCACUGAAGUCAUUCAGGUGCAGCUGAUGAUACGCACCUUACCUGAACACUACAGUGGAAAAUAUCGUUGUGUUUUUGGCAACUCCACACCCAUCGACGCUGAGGUUUUGGAAAAUGGUCUGGCUUGCAUGACGCCCCCACCCGAAGAGCGCCCGCUUAUACCACCUAACAUGGAUCAUAUAUCUGUGCCCUUAUCGGUACGCAGUUCGGAGACCAACAAAGAUUUCGUUACACGUUCAUUUACAUUCUUCGACUGUACUCGUCAUAAUACCUGUCAGACAUGCGUUCAUAGUCCUUGGGACUGCAACUGGUGCAUUUAUGACAACAAAUGCAUGCACAAAAUGCAGAAAUGUCGUAAUUUGGAAAAGGUUAUAGCAAGGGAGAAUGAAUGUCCUCAUAUGCGUCGCCUACGCGAACCCAUAUUGCUGCCAGUGAAGGUGCCCAAGGAAAUACGUUUCGAAAUUGAGAACUUACCCAAACCCAAAAAUGCUCCCUACGGAUUUCUGUGUACAGUACAAAUAGAAGCUGCCCAGAUGAUGCUGCCAGCACGCAUAGAAUCGAAUCGCAUUGUAGUGUGUGAGAAGACACCGUAUUUCUAUGAAGCAAACACCAUUGAAUAUCAAGCAAGAGUUGAUAUCACCUGGAAUCGACAACAUUAUAUAGAUACGGCCUAUGUAACACUUUACAAAUGUGACGUUUUGGGCUCUCACAGGGAGCACGCUGACUGCAGUUUAUGCGUCACCAGAGAUCCCAAAUAUCAAUGUACUUGGUGUGGUAAUGCAUGUGCCUACAAUGAGACCUGUCCGAAUGGUUCUUUCUCCAGCGGUGGAGAUCAUGACCUAUCCUCUGCUACCUCGACAACGUCAUCGCUGCUGACUUCGCCCAGCCACAAUUCAGCCUUCCAUAAGUUCAACGAUUGUCCCAAACCACGCAUUGAUAUGAUAAAGCCACUAUUUGGUCCCAUUGAAGGUGGCACUCUAAUAACCAUAGAAGGUAGCAACUUGGGCAUACGAGAGGAAGAUGUAAGGGGUAAAAUUUCCAUUGGCUCUGUACCCUGCGAAUUGGUCAACUAUGAAAUAUCCGUUAAAAUUGAAUGUCGUACAGGGGCUGUGAAUCAUGAACUUACCGCCCCGGUUAAAGUAUUCAACGAUGCCGGUUCUACAGAGUCGAGUGUCCAAUUUCAGUUUAAGGACAUUCAAUUAAAUGGAUUGACUCCCACUCGAGGCCCUAGGUCGGGAGGAACGCAGAUCUCUCUGAUAGGAAAAUAUCUGAAUAUUGGAUCGAACAUUAAGGCCUUCUUGGAUGAGUACGAAUGUCACAUCAAUAUUACUCAGGUAUCAUCUUCACGGUUAACCUGUAUUACAUCGGAGGCUACUCAGCCAGAACCUAUACGCAUGCUACGCCUCAUUGUAGAUGGCGCCAAUCGCACAUACACCUGUCAAACACCCCACCAUCAACAGCAGCACAGACAACCAUAUAGUUCAUAUGACCAGCAAUUAUCAUUCCACAAUAACUAUAAUUAUUUAUUACCCUCACUGACACGCCCCUGUUCCAUUUUUAAUUACACCCAAGAUCCCACCAUCAUGGAAAUAAAACCUUUGGUCAGCUUUGCCAGCGGUGGUCGUCUGCUAACGGUGCACGGCAUGAACUUGGACUCUAUACAGAAACCGGAGUUGGAGGUUUACUACGAAAACGAGCGACUAAAUAAGACGGCCUGUACGGUCAUCAACUCCAGCCAAAUGGAAUGCCCAUCGCCCACGGUAUCAAAGCAAUUUCUCGAAUAUAAGGUGCUGUUGGAGCAGCAAAGGGAUCACGACUACAACCAAUCACCGUCUGCUGCGCAAUCCACCUCUGUUGGCUACCAUUCUAUACGCAAAAGGAAUAAUCACGCCUACGGAGCAGAUACAUCCGACAUUUACAGCACCAUCGGCACCAAUAGCCGCUAUCAUGAAAGCAAUAUGUAUCAAGCGCAGGAUGUAGCCGCCUUUGUUAAGAUACGUGAGACUCAGUUGAACCUGCAGCUGGGCUUUGUAAUGGACAAUGUCCAGUGUGUUAAGGAUUUGAGCAAGUUUUUCCCCAGUUUGCGUAGCACCAUUGUGUACUUCCAGGAUCCCAAAUAUCAUUCAUUCCCCGAUAACCUUAAACUGUACAAAGGUGACACUCUAGUUAUAGAAGGAGAACUUUUGAAUAUUGCCGCCGAUGAGUCGGACGUCAAUGUGACAAUAGGAACGGCGCAGUGCAACAUCACCAGUCUUACGAUGACCCAAUUGCUGUGCACCCCGCCCGAAAAGCAACCCGCCGGUACCGAUGAGAACAAUAUGGUGCAGUCCAACGAUUUACCUCUGGUCGUGGUAACCGUAGGUCGCAACCUGCGCUUCGUCAUCGGCCACAUAAAAUACGAUAUACUUAAGCCCUUUACAUUUUCGCAUGCUAUGUGGGUGAUCAUCUUCACCAUUCUAAUUGUACUUAUGUUAUUGAUAGCAGCCUUCUUUAGUUACCGCCGCAAGUCGACACAAGCGGAACGCGAAUACAAACGCAUACAGAUACAGAUGAUAACGCUGGAGAGCAAUGUGAGGUCGGAGUGCAAACAGGCCUUUGCAGAGCUACAAACCGAUAUGAGUGAUCUGACGGCGGAUUUGGAAACCACCGGCAUACCCACACUGGAUCAUGUCAAUUACAUAAUGAAGGUAUUUUUCCCCGGCGUCACGGAUCACCCCAUACUCAACUCUCCGAAGAUGCACAUGAACAACUUCCAUACGAACUAUGAUGCUGCCAUGUUGCAAUUCGAACAAUUAAUUAGUAAUAAGUACUUUGUUCUCACAUUCAUCGAAACGCUGGAAGCACAAAAAUCGUUCAACAUACGCGACAAAGUCAAUGUUGCCUCAUUGCUGAUGAUUGUUCUAAUGACGAAAAUGGAAUAUGCCACAGAGAUUUUGAAGUGUCUAUUGCUGCGGCUGGUGGACAAGUCCGUUUGCAACAAAUACCCCCAGCUAAUGUUGCGCCGUACCGAGAGUGUGGUGGAGAAGAUGUUAACCAACUUCAUGGCCAUUUGCAUGUAUGACUAUUUGAAGGAGUAUGCCGGUUCCAGCCUCUUUCUGCUUUUCAAAGCCAUAAAACAUCAAAUUGAGAAGGGACUGGUCGAUGCCAUCACUCACGAUGCUCGCUACUCCUUGUCCAAGGAGAGGUUGUUGCAUGAACAGAUACCACAUUCUGUGGUAGUUCUCAACAUCAUCCAAGAUGAUUUGGAUGAGAAGGUUCAGUGCAAGGUAUUGGAUUGGGACUCGAUAUCUCAAGUAAAAUCAAAAAUAUUGGAUGCCCUCUUCAAGAAUACCCCCUUCUCCAUGAGGCCAUCCGUGCAUGAGGUGGACUUGGAAUGGCGGCAUGGCCGGGAUGGUCAUUUGAUAUUGCAGGAUGAAGAUUUAACAACGAAAACCAUAAAUGGAUGGAAACGCCUGAACACUCUCGCCCAUUAUGGAGUCAAAGAGUCGGCGGUCAUGAGUUUGGUGGCCCGCCAAAAUGAUUGCAACAAUAUGCCCUACGGCAAACAAUACCAACCACCGUACAAUAAUUUUUACUUUAUCAACAACUCGCAAUCGCACAUCAUCAUGAACAAUGACAUCGAAUCUGGACUGCAGCAACCACGUGUCUAUCACUUGGUUAAGCCCAUGCUGCCCGACCAUUACAUGAACAUCAAGAACUCGGCGAUAUCGGGUGGAACCAAUGGCUCGACAAAUGGUGAACCAAUUCAUAAGACCAUACCUGAGGUAUAUCUCACUCGUUUGUUGGCAGCCAAAGGUACUGUGCAAAAAUUCGUCGACGAUUUCUUUGCCACCAUACUCACCGUGAACGAAGAAUUGCCACCGGCCGUUAAGUGGCUGUUCGAUUUGCUGGACGAGGCCGCUCGCAGGCAUGACAUCUACGAUCCGGACAUAGUACACGCCUGGAAAUCGAACAGCUUGCCUCUUAGGUUUUGGGUGAAUUUCAUCAAGAAUCCAGACUUUAUAUUCGAUGUAAAUAAAACAGUGACCGUGGACGCAAGUUUGAGCGGCAUUGCCCAGGCCUUUAUGGAUGCAUGCUCGACGACCGAACAUCGCCUGGGCAAGGAUUCACCAUCGAACAAGUUAUUAUUUGCUAAGGAUAUACCACAGUAUCGCAAAAUGGUUAAACAGUUUUACAGCGAUGUGGCGCGGCUGCCACAAAUCAGCGAUAUGGAAAUGAGCACCGCCAUGCAUCACUUGUCCAUACAACAGAACGAUGAAUUCGAUACCAUAGCAGCGCUCAAGGAACUGUACAUAUACGUUACCAAAUAUAAUGAACAGAUAACGGAUGCCUUAGAAAAUGAUAUUAAUUGUAAGAAAAUGUAUCUGGCCCACAAAUUGAAGAAUGUUGCAUUUACCCUGGACGGUGACGAGACAUCAGCUUGCUGACACUCAUUGGACACGGAUUUAAUAUUAAAUAAAUUAUGGAAUGUGAUGUGACUUUCCCAUUCGAAAGUAUGGUCUAAGCUUUCGUGGGUAAGAUGGAGGAGAGAGAGUGCGAGUCAGAAGGAAGUUGACAACAAAUCCAACACAAGAAGACACACGAAGAUGAUCAAGUAGAGUAUAGAGAACAAAACAAAAAAAAAAAAGGAAAGAAAUGAAGCCAUUAUGUAUUUACAGUAGUCGUCGACUUCCUAUAAAUAUUUAGGAAACACAUACACACACAAAAACAACCACACAAACAAAAAUUACAUUUAUUUUUUCAGUUCGCCAAACUUAUAGACUGCAUAAAAUGACUUUUCAAAUAAAAAUUUAUUUGUGCAAUUGAA